AUGACGCACACCGCCAUCCCAGCCACCCAGCGCGUGUGGAAGCUCGAGGGCAAGGACGACCCGCACACCGCGCUGGUGCUGCGCGAGGCGCCGGUGCCGGCCGUCUCGGGAACGCAGGUGCUCGUGAAGAUCAAGGCGCUCUCCCUCAACUUCCGCGACCUAAUGAUGCUACACAACACGUACUCGUGGCCGCGCCUCACCUCCCCAAUCCCGCUCUCCGACGGCGCGGGCGUCGUCGCGUCAACCGGCCCCUCCGUUUCCCGCUUUCGUGUAGGCGACCGCGUGUCGCCCAUCUUUGCGCAGACCCACUUUGCGGGCCUGGUGACCGACGCCGAAGUCUCCACGACGCUCGGCGGCCCACGCGACGGCGUGGCGGCGCAGUAUGCCGUGUUCGACGAGCACGGCCUGGUCCGCAUCCCCGACUCGCUCAGCUUCGAGGAGGCAGCGAGUAUCCCCGUCGCUGGGGUGACUGCUUGGAACUGCCUCUACGGGCUGGAGGGGCGCACGCUCAAGCCCGGCGAGUGGGUGCUUGUCCAGGGCACGGGCGGCGUCUCGAUCUUCGCGCUGCAGCUCGCCAAGGCCGCGCGCCUCACCUCCCUCGGCGCGGACCACGUGCUCAACUACCGCACCACGCCCGACUGGGGCGCGGCCGCGCGCGCGCUCGUGCCGGGCGGGUUCGCGCACGUCAUCGACGUGGGCGGCGCGAGCACGCUGCCGCACUCGCUCGUAUCAGUGCGCCGCGACGGCGUCAUCUCCGUCGUUGGCCGGCUCGACGGGUCGGGCGCUGAGCCCGGGCUCAGCUCUGCGCUGGUGCAUACCGCCAUCGUGCGCGGCAUCUGGGUCGGCUCCCGCGCGCAGUUUGACGAGGUCAACUCUGCCAUUGAGGCCAACGGGAUCAAGCCGGUGAUCGAUGCGCGCGUGUUUGUGUUCGACGAGCUGCCUGCCGCGUGUGCGUACCUCGAGGCUCAGAAGCAUUUCGGCAAGGUCGUCGUGCGCGUCGAGUGA